CCUCCUCGGUCCAUUCAGCGGAACGUGUCUCUGCAGCGCCCUCCCGGAACCACGUCCUCACGGAACCACUUCACAACCACGUCUUUUAUUUAUUCAAGAUCCCCGCUAACAUCUCGUUUCUCGGCCGCCUGCUCGCUCCAGUUCCCCUGAAGAAGAAGCAGCUCGUCCCAGUCUGACCGGAGCCGGCGGCGCUAACAAAGAAACCCCUUUCUCCUCAGCGCAGCCCCAUCCUCUCUUUAGUUAUGAGUCAUGUGGUCAUUGAUAAUCCACACGGUCUAGAUCAGCAGCUCUCUGCCCUAGACUUGAACUCUGCUGACGGACAAGGCGGAGGAACCGGCCGUCGUUACAUUCCACCUCACCUGAGGAACAGAGAGGCCCCAAAAAACGCAGGAAAUGCGUAUUCCGCAGGUAUACAGUGCGGUUAUUCAGUGGCACCAGUAAAUCUCUUUUCUCCUAAGCAGUACCCACAACCAUGGCAGGCAGAGUGUCAGCAAAGGCAGAACAGUAACUUUACAUCAGGAUGGGAUGACUGUAAGAUUGGUUACCCAAGACUGGCCUCUCAAGAGCUGGCCUUUUACCAUGCCUACAGUGGGGGCUGGCGAAACAGAAGUGACUCACCUGGGUGGGACGGAGGACGUAGCAACGGAUUUGUGAAUGGUUUCCACGACAAUCGCACUAAUGGGGGAUUUGGAGGUCGCGGACCCCCUCACAAUGAUAGAGGUGGGCGCGGUGCCUACCGUGGUAACAGGGGUGGAGGCUCCUUUAAUCAACCACUGCAAAAUGCAGGAGUUGGUGGUUUUGAAAACAAAGACAGCAACUGGCAAGGAGCUCCAAGGGACGCUGCCUACAACAGCUUUGGGGGGCGCACCGACAGCAGGUCCAAGUCAACCUUCUUCAAUGAGCGUGGGGGCGGCGGCGGCUCCAGGGGAAGAUAUGACCGCGGAGGCUUCUCAAGUGGAGGAAACAACCGCUGGGAGGAUUCCAGUGAGGAUUGGUCCAAGCAAACUCCUCCUAAUGAGCGCCUGGAAGCGGAGCUUUUUUCUACAAGCAACACUGGGAUAAACUUUGAGAAAUAUGACGAUAUUCCUGUGGAGGCCACUGGGUCCAACGCCCCGCCUCAUAUUGAUAGUUUCCAUGACGUGGAAUUGGGGGAGAUUAUCAUGGCGAACAUCAACCUGAGUCGCUACACUCGUCCCACCCCCGUUCAGAAAUAUGCUAUCCCCAUCAUCAAGUCCAAAAGAGACCUGAUGGCCUGCGCCCAGACUGGCUCUGGCAAGACUGCUGCCUUCCUGCUGCCCGUGCUCAGUCAGAUCUUCACCGAAGGACCAGGAGAUGCUCUGCAGGCCUCCAAGAAUGGACAGGACAACGGAAGGUACAGCCGUCGCAAACAGUACCCGCUUGCCCUGGUCCUGGCUCCGACCCGAGAGCUGGCCCUGCAGAUCUACGACGAGGCGAGGAAGGUUGCCUAUCGCUCUCGUGUGCGUCCCUGCGUAGUUUAUGGUGGAGCUGACAUCGGUGGACAGAUCAGGGAACUGGAGAGAGGCUGUCAUCUUCUAGUGGCCACACCUGGACGUCUGGUGGAUAUGAUGGAGAGGGGCAAGAUCGGUCUGGACUACUGCAACUACCUGAUCCUGGACGAGGCUGACCGCAUGUUGGACAUGGGGUUUGAGCCACAGAUCCGACGUAUUGUGGAACAGGAUACGAUGCCACCUAAAGGCAUUCGUCAGACCAUGAUGUUCAGUGCCACCUUCCCUAAGGAGAUCCAGAUUCUGGCUCGUGAUUUCCUGGAGGACUACAUUUUCCUGGCAGUGGGCCGCGUAGGUUCAACUUCGGAAAACAUCACCCAGAAGGUGGUUUGGGUGGAAGAAGGAGACAAGAGGUCCUUCCUCUUGGAUCUGCUCAACGCCACAGUUAUUCCCAGUGACGAGGUCGAGACCCCAGACAAACCAGCAAAAGCAGCAUUGACUCUGGUGUUCGUGGAAACCAAGAAGGGAGCCGAUGCCUUGGAGGACUUUCUGUACCACGAAGGCUACGCCUGCACCAGCAUCCACGGGGACCGAUCCCAGAGAGACAGAGAAGACGCCCUGAAUCAGUUCCGAUCCGGACGCUGCCCCAUCUUAGUGGCUACAGCUGUGGCUGCUCGAGGUCUGGACAUCUCCAAUGUGAAGCACGUCAUCAACUUUGAUUUGCCCAGUGACAUUGAGGAGUACGUUCACCGUAUCGGCCGUACGGGACGUGUGGGCAACCUGGGUCUGGCCACGUCGUUCUUUAACGACAAAAACAGCAACAUAACCAAAGACUUGCUGGACAUCUUGGUGGAGGCCAAGCAGGAGGUUCCCCCCUGGCUGGAGAGUCUCUCCUACGAGCACCAGCACAAGGGCACCGGCCGUGGACGCUCCAAGAGGUUCUCAGGCGGUUUCGGAGCUAGAGAUUACCGUCAGACGCCCGGCGGCGCUGCGAGCUUCGCCAGCAGCCGUGGAGGAGGCAGGAACCCUGGAGGAAGCCGCGGCGGCUAUGGCGGAGGUGGAUUCGGCGGCGGCGGUGGCGGCGGCGGCUUCUACGGCAACGACAGCUAUGGAGGAAACUACAGCAACUCUGGUAGCAGCGUGGAUUGGUGGGGCAACUAGUCGCCUAAGGAAUAGGUUGCCAUGCCAACCAAACCCAAUGGAAACCACAUGUUAACUCAAGCCAGACCAUAACAACCCUCCCUGUGUAGCUUCACUGACACACAGUACAUUACCAACCCUGGUUCUCUGCCAUUCGCUUCUCUCAGAAAGGAAGUGCAGCACGCCGCGAAAGGAAAGUCACCAGCACGUGCACCGCCCCGAGCUGAGAGACGUGCGCACCUCAGAGCGAGCAUGGAUGCUGACAUGCAUUGUCCGACAGCAACCUCGGACUUUCAUUGUUCAAAGUAUUUUUUGUUCUUUUUGUGGGGGGG